CUGUCAAGCAAGUGAAGCAAGAGACGCAACAGCAUCUCAAAAUAAACAACAGUGCUAAUAAUUAAAUGACUAAGAAUACAAUGCUCUAAGAGAUUAAUAAAAUAUGUGAAAACAGUAAAACUAUUAAUGCCAAUUUACUUUUAGUUCUUAAUUUUAAGUAGUAGAUUUAGAACAUAACCUCUAAAAGUACGUGAGCUCAAGAUGUUUUCUAUUUGCCGGCAAACGCAUCCUGCUACAGGAAUUGAGCAUGCAGUUAGCUGCUGCUUCUUUAACAAUGAAGAAACAUGUCUCGUUACCGCUGGAGCCAACAUCAUCAAAGUUUUCCGAUUGUUACCUGAAGGACAAACAAAAGAGGUUAACGCCGCCGGUCAACCGAUACCUCCAAAGAUGAAGCUGGAAUGUCUAGCUUCCUACACAUUAUGGGGCAACGUAAUGUCUAUGGCAUCAGUACGAUGUCCGAGUGCUGGUAGAGAUCUGCUACUUGUAUCAUUUAGAGAAGCCAAGCUGUCCGUGUUACAAUAUGAUCCGCAAACCGAUAACCUUAUUACACUAAGCAUGCAUUACUUUGAAGAGGAAGACAUGAAGAAUGGUUGGACCACCCACCCUCACAUUCCAUGGAUCCGAGUGGACCCUGAGUGCCGAUGUGCAGUCAUGUUGUUAUACGGAAAGAAAUUAGCAGUAUUGCCGUUCCGGAAAGAUAUUACGAAUGAAGACGGAGAUCCUUUAGAAGCUAAACCUCUUGAUAGCAAGGUGGCGCAACCAACACAACCAAUCAACCGCGCGCCCACAUUGGCAUCCUACGUGAUAGUAUUAAAAGACCUUGACGAGAAGAUAGACAAUAUUAUAGACAUACAGUUCCUACACGGAUACUAUGAACCGACACUGCUGAUUUUGUAUGAACCGGUUAGGACUUUUGCUGGGCGCACGGCGGUCCGCAGCGACACGUGCGCCAUGUGCGGCGUGAGCCUCAACAUGAGCGCGCGCGUGCACCCCGUCAUCUGGGCCACCGCGCACCUGCCCUUCGACUGCAUCCGCGCCGUGCCCGUACACAAGCCGCUGGGUGGAUGUCUAAUAAUGGCAGUGAACUCUCUUAUAUACUUGAAUCAGUCGGUGCCGCCGUACGGCGUGUCAUUGAACAGUAUAGCUACGCAUACCACUAAUUUUCCACUCAGAAUCCAAGAAGGUGUAUGUAUAACGUUAGACGGUUCGUGCGUGGCCCCGCUGGGCGAGGGUCGCCUGGCGCUGUCCCUGCGCGGCGGCCAGCUGUACGUGCUGACGCUGCUGGCGGACUCCGUGCGCACCGUCCGCAGCUUCCACCUCGACCGCGCCGCCGCCUCCGUGCUCACUACUUGUAUGUGUGUAAUAGAAGAAGACUUCCUAUUCCUUGGCUCUCGUCUCGGCAACUCUCUACUCUUGAGAGUGACGGAGAGAGAGAACAGAAUGUUGUUCUCUGUAGACAAGCCGUUGGAAGCUACUGUCGAUCUCACCGUGACGGAAAAUGCGGAGCAACAAGCCCAACAGUCGCAACAAGCUCAACAGCCACAACAAGCCCAACAAGCCCAACAAGCACAAACAACGCAACAAGCACAACAGUCGAAGGAAGACCCAGCGGCCAAGAAGCGUCGUUUGGACACUAUCAGUGACUGUGUAGCCACCAAUGUGAUAGAAAUCAGUGACAAAGACGAACUCGAAGUGUACGGAUCUGAUAUUAGGACUUCUACUCAACUGACUAGCUAUGUUUUUGAGGUAUGCGAUUCCCUGCUGAACAUCUGCCCCAUCGGCGACGUGUCGAUGGGCGAGCCGCAGCUGGUGAGCGAGGAGGCGGCCGACACCGAGCGCGCGCCGCUACUGGAGCUCGUCGCCUGCAGCGGCCGCGGCAAGAACGGCGCGCUCACCGUGCUGCAGCGCGCCGUGCGCCCGCAACUCAUCACGUCCUUCAACCUGCCCGGUUGUAUAGACAUGUGGUCUAUCCUGGGAGAGACCCCGGAGGGCGCGCGGGAGUCGGAGGGAGCGCACGCGUACCUUAUACUCACGCAGGAGGACGGGAGCAUGGUACUGCAGACUGGCCAGGAGAUCAAUGAGGUGGACACUUCAGAGUUCAUGACGGGUACCCCAACAAUAUUUGCGGGGAACCUCGGGAACAACAAGUUUAUGGUACAAGUCACUACGACUUCCAUACGACUUGUUAAAGGCAGCAGUCAUCUCCAGACGAUCCAGUUGGAGUGGACGGCCGCGUACGCCGGGGUCGCCGACCCCUACCUCUGUGUACUGUCUCUGUGCGGCCGCGCACUCGUCCUCGCACUCAGGGAGUUCCGGGGGAAGGACGGCAGCUCGUCCGGUCGUCUGGCCCCGACCCGUCAAUCAGUGCCUCACAGACCGCCAUUACUGCGUGCGACAGUAUACAGAGACCUUAGCGGACUGUUCACUCCACCUGAUGCAGGGAAUGCUCAGGUUAAAGGUGAGUUCAGUGGUAAGAUGAAGGGUAAAAACGUGAAAGCAGAAGGAUUCAAGCCGGGCGCAGUGUAUGAGCUUAAUGAUGAAGACGAACUAUUGUAUGGAGGGGACCAGACACCCGCGUCAAUGGCUAGCAUUAUGUUAGCAGAACAAUCAAAGAACCCAGGAGUACCGCGUCGUAUAUCUCGGUGGUGGAAGAAAUAUCUGGUGGAAGUAAAGCCGACAUAUUGGCUAUUCGUGCUCCGUCUGAAUGGCAACCUGGAGAUAUACUCGUUGCCUGAGAUGAGACUCAGCUUCCUUGUACGAGACGCUUGCGCCGGGAACAGGAUCCUAGCAGACAGUUUGGAAUCUGUCCCCAUACCCAGCGGAGGAAUUGACGAGGAGGAAUUGGGAGGCAGUGCGCAGAAUGCGGACGCGGACAAAUGUAGGGAACUGUUAGUUGUUGGGCUGGGACAUAAAGGGGCACGGGUACUUAUGUUGAUGCGGUGUGAGGACCAACUCAUGAUAUAUCAGGCGUACAAGUACCCCCGCGGCAACCUGAAGCUCAGGUUCAGUCGCGUGCGAGUAUCGUUCCCCUUCGGGUACAGCUCGGAGCCACUGUCGUCGCCCGACGACUCGUACGAGACCGCGCUACUCAAGGAGAAUGUUAGGCAGUGUCGAUACUUCAGUAACGUGGGCGGGUACAACGGAGUGUUCGUGUGCGGGCGCACGCCUCAUAUAGUCCUAGUGUCCGCGCGCGGCGAGGUGCGCGUGCACGCGCUGGCGCACGACCACGCGCCCGUGGCCAGCUUCGCGCCCUUCCACAACACCAACUGUCCGCAGGGCUUCCUGUACUUCAACGCCAAGUCGUCGCUGCGCAUCAGCGCGCUGCCGACGCACCUGUCGUACGACGCGGCGUGGCCGGUGCGCAAGGUCCCGCUCCGCGCCACGCCGCACUUCGUCACGUUCCACGUGGAGUCGCGCACCUACUGCCUCGUCGCCUCCACCAGCGCGCCCACGCAGGCCUACUACAAGUUCAACGGGGAGGACAAGGAGAAGACUAGCGACAACAAGGGGGACAGAUUCCCCUACCCACACCAGGACAAGUUCUUCGUGACCCUGUUCUCCCCGGUAUCCUGGGAGAUCAUCCCCAACACUCGCAUCGAGCUGGACGACUGGGAACAUGUCACCUGUCUGAAGAACGUCUCCCUGUCUUAUGAGGGGACCAGAUCUGGUCUUCGAGGUUACAUAGCAAUAGGAACCAAUUAUAAUUAUAGUGAAGAUAUUACAUCUAGAGGGAGGAUAAUAAUCUACGACAUCAUAGACGUGGUCCCCGAGCCAGGCCAGCCCCUCACGAAGAACAGAUUCAAGGAACUGUAUGCCAAGGAACAGAAGGGACCUGUCACUGCACUCACACAGGUGCUCGGGUAUCUUAUAUCCGCUGUAGGACAGAAGAUCUACAUAUGGCAACUGAAAGACAAUGACCUGGUGGGCGUGGCGUUCAUAGACACGCAGAUAUACGUCCACAAGAUGUUGUCCGUGAAGAACUUGGUACUGGUGGCGGACGUCUACAAGUCCAUCUCGCUACUUCGCUACCAGGCGCAACAUAGAACACUGUCUCUUGUGUCUAGAGAUCUCAGGAGUGCUCAGAUAUACGACAUGGAGUUUAUGGUGGACAAUACGACGCUUGGGUUCCUAGUGAGCGAGGCUGAAGGCAAUCUCGCACUGUUCAUGUACCAGCCACAGGCUAGGGAGAGCUACGGAGGCCAGCGUUUGAUCCGUAAGAGUGACUACCACCUCGGCCAACAAGUCAACGCCAUGUUCCGCAUCAACGCGCGCCCCGACCCCAGCUCCACUCACAGGAGACAUGUCACCAUGUUCACGACUCUGGACGGCGGCGUGGGCUACGUGUUGCCAAUAACGGAGAAGAUGUACCGACGUCUGCUCAUGCUGCAGAACGUCAUGAACAACUACUGCUGCCACGUCGCGGGACUCAACCCCAGGGCAUACAGAACGUACAAGAGCUCGCGUCGGUCGGUGGGCGGCGGGCCGGCGCGGGGCGUGCUGGACGGAGACCUCGUCGCUCAGUACACCACCAUGCCCAACGCUGAGAAACUUGAUAUUGCAAAGAAAAUCGGAACAAAAGUAGAAGAGAUAAUGUCCGACCUCUACGAGAUAGACAGACUGACCGCCCACUUCUAGUACUACGCAGUGAAGUUACUGCGUUAUUAUAAGUCGAGAUGUUGUACAUAAUCUAUGAAUUAAAACUAUUCUAGUUUUUCUAUG